AUGCCACCCCGCUGCUUCAUCAUCCGCCACGGCGAAACAGAAUGGUCCCUAAACGGCCGACACACAGGCCAAACAGACCUUCCCCUCACCGCAAACGGAGAGAAACGCAUCCAAGCAACCGGCAAAGCCCUCGUCGGCAACGACAGACUAGUCGUUCCAAAGAAGCUAAGCCACAUCUACGUCUCCCCGCGCCAUCGCGCCCAGCGCACCCUCGAGCUCCUCGAGAUCGGUUGUAGAGAACGACUCCCUUGGAACGAGAGGCGGGAUUCAGCUGAGGCUAUUAGGACUGAGGCCGAGGUUGAGAUCACGGAGGCUGUUCGGGAGUGGGAUUAUGGUGAUUAUGAGGGGUUGACUAGUAAGCAGAUUCGGGAGCAGCGGGCUGAGAGGGGGGAGGGGCCUUGGAAUAUUUGGACGGAUGGAUGUCCUGGUGGAGAAUCGCCCGAGGACGUAGUCCGACGUCUGGACGCCCUGAUUGCGGAAAUCCGAACCAAGUACCAAAAGCCCUGUCUGGAUGAUCCGGAAGAUACUAAGGGCGACGUGCUCGUCGUGGCACACGGUCAUAUCCUGCGCGCCUUCGCGAUGCGGUGGACCGGCAAGCCGCUGACAGACACUUCAUUCAUCCUCGAAGCUGGUGGAAUCGGUACACUCAGUUACGAACACCACAGCAUCGACGAACCAGCAAUCAUUCUGGGUGGACAGUUCGUAGUAGAAUAG